AUGGAUUACCCAUCAGUGGCUGGUCUCCGCGAUCGUCUCUUCUGGUUUGACCACAACGAGUACGAAUCCCAAUCAAACCCAACAAAUACCAAUCAGACAUCUCACUCCAAUUUCUUCGAAGUCCAGAUAGUGACCUCUUUGGUGUCUCAUCUAAUUCGCCAAGGGAACUAUCAAGGGGAAGACAUUGUCGUUCUUACACCCUACGUUCGUCAGCUUCAUGAAAUUCGGAACCUAUUUGCCGCCACGGCAGAGAUCUUUACUAAAAUCAGUGAUAGAGAUAUGACCGAGCUUGACAAAGAAGGCCUACUUGACUCAAAUGUUGCUAGUCAAUCAAGUCGCAAAGGAAAUCUGAGGCAGGCAAUACGCGUCGCUACAGUAGAUAAUUUUCAAGGCGAAGAAGGGAACAUCAUCAUCAUUUCGCUGGUUAGAAACAAUGCAGACAACAAUUGCGGUUUUCUCAGAACUAAGAAUCGCAUCAAUGUCUUGCUUUCUCGGGCCAAACAUGGCAUGUUCAUCAUUGGCAAUUCGAAAACCUCACGUCACAUCUCUAUGUGGGACCAAGUUCUGCAUAUCCUCGAGAGAAAGAAAAAAAUAGGAUCUAGCUUGUCGCUGUGUUGCCCACAGCACCCCGAAACGCACAUCCAAGUCGCCACGCCCGAGGAUUUCCAACGAAAAGCUCCGGAAGGAGGAUGCUCGAGACAGUGUAAUUUCAGACGCGAGUGUGGGCAUGCAUGCACAUAUAAAUGUCAUACACAGGAACGCUGCGCAUCUAUGCCUUGCAUGGCACCAUGCCCGAGGCGUCACAAGAAUUGUGAUCAUGAUUGUCCGAAAACCUGCGGGUUGCCAUGCGGUAAUUGCAAGAAGCCUGUCAAAGAAGUUCAGCUGAAGUGUGGUCAUACACAGGACGAAGUACUCUGCUUCCGCACUUUGGACUUAAACAGCGUCAAUUGUACUGCCAAAGUCGAAGUUCAAGGUCCUUGUGGCCACACCUUUACCGUGAAGUGUGGCACAGGGAGCGCAAAUACAGACUACGAGUGUGGGGUACGAUGUGGAGCCAUUCUUGCUUGUGGCCACGAGUGCAGAUCUCGAUGUGCUGUCUGUCGGAUUCAACAAAACGAUGGCAAUCUUUUCGUGGAGCACGUCAAGUCAAAUGUCCUAAGAAAUGCAGCGAACCAUGCUCUCCGUGUUGUUCGGAUUGCGCGAAUGGGUGCGAACAUCAAGGCUUUUGCCAAAUGGCAUGUGCCGUUCCUUGUGACAUUUUACCCUGCAGCCGCCGCUGCGAGAAACCCCUUUCGUGUGGUCAUCAGUGUCCAACAGUCUGCGGCGAGACUAGACCUGCUCGAAUACAAAACAUAUUCACAGAUUGACCUGGCUGAUGAUCUUUGUGUGUUCCUGAAAUGUGGUCACAUUAUCACCGUGGAGAGUAUGGAUGGACUGAUGGAACUAUCUUCAUAUUACGAGCUGAACGCAGAUGGUCGUAUUACUGGUCUACGACUCCCUGGACCAGAGCCUCUAUCCGUGAAGUCGAAAGGCUGUCCACAGUGCCGUGGCUCGAUUCGAAAUAUCACCCGCUACAACAGAGUCGAGAAGCGGGCGUUACUUGACGAAGCCACGAAGAAGUUCAUCGUUUGGUCAAAUGCAGAGUUUGUGCCGUUGACAGCGAUGCUCAAGCAACAGGAAGAGAAACUAAGGGAUGCAGAGGACAUUGUGAUGAGUACAAUCCGUGCCGUAGCCUCUCCGACACCUAUCCUCAUCUUUACUGGCGGAAGAGAUCAACAGAUAAAUACCGUGCGCCGACUGACUGGAUUGUCUCAUCGGCUUGGUGAGUUUUUGCGCUUGCGAAGCCAGAUCCAGCACUUUCUACAAAAAGUAGAGCCAAAUGAGCAGCCCUUUGCUCGUGUUAGAGCUAUGGCAGAAAAAUCUGCACGGGAAUUUGGCCACACCUCUUCGUUUAAUUUCGAUAUGUCAGUGCUACAGACUCGAGCAAGCCUGUGGACAUCAGCUCUGCUCCUUCGUUGUGAUUAUGACAUUCUAUCCGAUAUUCUAAAUGUGUUUCAGAAGCACAAGCCUCGAGAAGAGAAACUCCACCCAUGGCUCAAAGCUGAAUUGAGUUUGGACUUCUCUAAGAACCGUCAUGACUGCCUACACUUCGCACAAGAAGCGCUUCAAUAG